AUGGCCGACCCCGGCCCCAUCUACGAGCUCUUGGGCAAGCUCGCCUACGCCUUCACUGAGGUGCAACCGCUGCUCCCGACGUAUUCGCACCUCCUCGUCUCCGCCCUGUUCCCGAUAUAUGCCGGUGCGCACUCGUCGCUCACCCGUCCCGGUUCCGCCGCCAAGCCGAAGAAAGCGCCAAAGAACGAGACAAAGGACGAGGGAUACGAGUCUGAAGAGGAUGAGGAGGAUGACGUUCAGCAGAUGGAGGGGCUGUCGACCCGCGAUGCCAUAAUCUUCCCGAUCAUGGCCGGAGUGACGCUCACUGGCCUGUACUUCCUCAUCAAGUGGAUGCAGGACCCGCAGCUCUUGAACAAGAUACUCAACGCCUAUUUCUCGCUCUUUGGCGUGUUGAGCGUGAGCCGCUUCAUCACCGACGGCAUGGACCUGGUGCACAGCCUUGUCUUUCCACGUCGGUACGUGAAUGGCGGGGUCCUGUACGACGUGCAUUCGCGCGCACGCAUCGCGAAGCCAGCGGGCUCUCCAGGGCUGGCUGAAAACCCCUUGAACACCUCUCCACUUCCUGGCCGCUUCUCUCAAAUCCCCCUCCCGGCGGUUGUCAAGGCCUUCCUGUGGAACCUUCGCAAUAUACCCAGGCAGAAGUGGACGGCCAAAUUCUUCCUGCGCAAUGUCGCGUCGGUGCGCGGCCACCUAGGCCUCCACGGGGUGGUUGGCUUUAUUUUUGCACUCACGGCUGUUGGCUACUUCAACUUUGUGGAAAAGCCGUGGUUUUUGACCAAUCUCAUGGGCUUCGCUUUCUCGUAUGGGGCUCUGCAAUUGAUGAGCCCCACGACCUUCGCUACCGGGACCCUCCUGCUUUCCGCCCUGUUUUUCUACGACAUCUACAUGGUUUUCUUCACGCCGAUGAUGGUAACGGUGGCAAAAUCUCUGGAUAUCCCCAUCAAGCUCGUUUUUCCCCGCCCCGACAUCCCCUCGGCGGAUCCAGCUAAGCCACCGACCAAGCAGCUUGCAAUGCUGGGCCUCGGCGAUGUAGUCCUCCCGGGGAUCAUGAUCGGUCUCGCUCUCCGCUUUGACUUGUACCUGUACUAUCUCCGCAAACAAACGAGGCGUGCAGACGAACAGGCGUCCAACCAGGCCACUGAAGCCAAGGGAACUGGAAAAAAGUCGGACGCGAGCUCUGCCGACCAACCCGUACAGAUUGUGAAAGCGCCGUACGUUUCGGUCUCCAACAAAUGGGGCGAAUGGUUUUGGGCGCGUUCGGCGGCACAUUCGUUCCCGAAGCCGUAUUUCACAGCGACCAUGAUCGGCUACGUGGUGGGUAUGCUGGCCACGCUAGUCGUGAUGCAGGUUGCCAAACAUGCCCAGCCUGCGCUCCUCUAUCUAGUUCCAGGCGUGCUCAUCGCGUGCUGGGGCACUGCUCUGGUGAGGGGUGAAGUCAAAGAAAUGCAGGAGUUCAGCGAGGCGUUCGAGGAAGAGGAGGAGCAGCUCCGCAGCCAAAGCAUCUUGUCCAAGGAACGCACCAAGCGCGCAGAGAAAAAGCUAGAGAGGGCUACCAAGAAGUAUGUGGAGCUGGCUACGGACGAGAGUGGCGACGAGAAGCGACGCGUUAAAGUGGCCAAGAAGGGAAAGGGAGCAAGCUCGUCGCACGAUCACGAGCACGAUCACGAUAUCUUCUACUUUGCCAUUAGUGCACCCUUCUCGUUUUCCCCGAAAAAGGCGGGUCCCGAGUCGGAGCGGGAUGAGUGGUCGGAGACGGACUCGGCGAAUAGCACGGUGAAUUGGCGCUCAACAAGUGGGACGCAGCCAUUCGACGGCGAGCCAGCGGAGAAGAGGAGGCGCACAAGCUAG